AUGCACCCACUCUGGAGGAGACGCCCAGAAUACUUGGAAUAUCCAGAAUACCAGAAUGCCAGAAUAUCACUAGCGAUUAAACGAUUGAACUCGGAUUUCCAAGCGCGAUGCAAGCGCCCACCCGAAAAGUCUUGGCGCGUCGCGUCGCAAUCUAACUCUGCCAUGUCAAGGUUUUCCCAUGUCAAUGUCCUUCCAUAUCCAUAUCCCACGUCCAUAUCCGAUAUUCCAUAUCCCUUGCUCGUUUCCAGAAAUCUUUUUUUCCUUCUUGUACGAAAACCUGUAAUGAUUCUUUCCCGAGAAGCAUUACGACUACUCAGUGUGAACUGCAAAUUGCAGUCGUUCAUUCAUACACGUCUACGUCAACUGCUGCAUCUCCUAGACCAUAGACAUGUUUCUAUACCCCCACCAUACGUUCUAGAGACUCAGAGACUCAAAGACUCAGAAACUACUUCGUCUCUAACUGCUUGA